CUUCUAGAACCAGCAGUCACUGCGAUCUAUCAUGGACGACCGCACUGUGGACUUGAUCUUCGGUGGCUCCCUCAAGUCUCUUCCACCAGUCAGCUCCAAGAUCGUGAGAAUAUUCACCAGCUCCACGUUUACUGACACCACAAUGGAACGAAAUACUCUGAUGGCCAAAUGUUACCCAAGGAUCAAAGACUACUGCAGAGAGAAGCACGGAUUGGAAUUUCAGGUGGUGGAUAUGCGAUGGGGAGUAAGAGAUGAGGCCACAGACGAUCAUAUGACCACAGAGCUGUGUAUGAGAGAGAUCAAGAACUGCCAGAGGCUAUCAAUGGGUCCUAAUUUCGUCGUUUUUUUGGGUCAGAAAUAUGGCUACAGGCCAAUUCCCACUUACGUCUUGUCGUCAGAGCUACAGAUGUUAAGAGAGGAACUAGCAGCUGGUGGUGUGGACGUCAUACUUCUAGACACUUGGUACAAAAAGGAUUCGAAUGCUGUUCCACCUAUAUCAGUUCUUCAGCCUAUUUCAUCUAUAUUGAUUAACUUCAAUAAUAAGAGGGUGCCCAAACUCCAAGCUGAAGAUCAAGCAAUCUGGUGGGACACUCUUGGAAAGAUGCAGAAGCUUUUCCGGAAAGCUUCAUUGCAAUUGUACAACGCCGGAAAAAUCGAUAAAGACACAAUGCACAAUUACUUCAUGUCUGUAACGGAACGCGAAGUUAUCAACGGAAUUUUAAACGUGAAGAAUACAAAAAAUCACUGUCUGGCCUACGUGAGGUAUAUCAACAACAUCAACCUUCAAAACCUGAAGAAAGCCAGCAAUUUCGUGGACAUCGUCAACAGGAGUCUUGAUGCGGAGGCUUCGAAGUUACUUGCUGACUUGAGGGAUGUGAGAUUGCCGAAUAAAAUUGAGACAACCAACAUUCAGAAGUAUACCGUGGAAUGGAUCGGUCGAGACGGUCUAGAUACAGAGACGCACAGCGAAUAUCUCAACCAUUUCAUUGCUCAUUUUUAUAAGAACAUUAUCAAAUUGGUCGACAGGGCAAUGCGUAAAGAAGACAGUAGCGCACAAGGUCAAAUUGUAACAGAAAUCCUGCAGCAUUUACAUGCUUGUAAUAAUUCUGUCAAAGUUUUUCAUGGCAGAGAAGAAGAUUUGAAAUUCAUCGAGGACUAUAUGAAAGACGCUUCCGAUAAACCAUUGGUUUUGUAUGGUGAAGGCGGCUGCGGAAAGACCAGUUUAUUAGCCAAGAGUUCCGCCAUGUCUCUCGAUACAUGGUUCGCAGAUGCCCGUCCUACAAACAUCAUCAGAUUCCUUGGAACUACACCCGAUUCCAGCGCCUUAACUCCGACGCUUAUCUCAAUUUGUCAACAGAUAUCCUACAACUUUGCCCUUCCCUUCGAGAGCAUCCCAGACGACCUCGUGCCCCUGACUGCUCAUUUCAAACAGCUACUGACAAUGGCAAGCCAGAACCAACCCCUACUACUCUUUUUAGAUUCCGUUGAUCAGCUAACUGGCAUUGGCACAGAAAACAAUAAAGUAUCUUGGCUACCCACAAGAUUGCCACCACACUGCAAGAUAAUUGUAACAUGUGCGUGCGAAGAAGCUAAUCCAGAUGUCUCCAAAGAAUAUGACGUACUUCGAAGGAUGAUUGACUCAGAAGACAGCUUUUUAGAAGUCAAAGCUCUCGGCGAAGAUCUGGCCAUGCAAGUUCUGAAAUUGUGGAUGGCAUCUGCAGCCAGAGAUCUCACAAAUUACCAGUGGCGUUUGGUUUCUAAUGCCAUUGGGCAAUGCUCUUUACCGAUAUUCGUGAAACUUGUUUUUGCAGAGGUCUGCAGAUGGAGAAGCUACACCAAGCCUCAGGAUACCCACCUCGCUUCUACAGUCAUGGACUCGAUUAUGAUGUUGUUUGAGAGGAUCGAAAAACAGCAUGGACGUCUACUGGUCUUUCACGCUUUGGCUUACAUCACGGCAGCCCGCAGCGGUCUUUCCGAGACGGAACUUGAAGAUCUCAUAUCGUUGGACGACAGAGUCUUGGACGACGUUUACCAGUACCAUUUGCCGCCUGUCAGGAGAAUUCCUCCUCUGCUUUGGACUAGGAUCCGUAACGAUUUGCCUAACUACCUCUCUGAACGCGAAGCCGACGGUGUCUCCGUGAUGAACUGGUACCACAGGCAGUUUCGUGACACAGCCCGCGAGAGAUACUUCAAGAAUAUGAACAUGGCGAUGUACUUUCAUUCUAUGAUUGCUGAUUACUACCUCGGUAUCUGGGGUGGUGGUGUACCAAAGCCGUUCAAGUAUACAGAAAUCCAGCGUCAUCGGUUCAAUCUUGCGGAUAGGGAGGGUGUGGCUGACAGGAAGGUCCCACUUCAGCCUUUGGUCUUCAUGUCAGCCGAUGGAACAUCCAAGAGAUACAAUUUACGAAAGUUUGGAGAAUUGCCAUUUCAUUUGGUAAGAUCGAAGCGAUUCACCGAUCUAUACGCAGAAGUUCUCUUUAACUACGAGUGGCUUCACGCGAAACUAAACUGCUGUCCUCUGCAAGCUGUCCUAGCUGAUUUCGAAGAUGCUAAACUACAUGUUAAUAAAGACGCAGUGAGAGAAUUAAUGCUAGUAGCAGAUGCUUUGCGUCUUGGUGGUGCUAUUCUGGGUACAUACCCUGAUAUGUUGGCGCCCCAAUUGGUUGGAAGACUUUUGCCGGAGGCUCCUCAUAAUCCUGCUGUAGCGUCUCUGCUGAAACAAUGUCACGAUAAAGGAAAAAAUCACUGCGCUUUACUGCCAUCCCACCAUUGCUUACACACCCCGGGCGGUCCUUUGAAGUAUUCUUUAGAAGGUCACCAAUUCGCUGUUUUCGCAUUCCGCCUCAGCUCGGACAAGCGCUACGUUGUGUCAAUCUCUAGUAGGGUUAUAUCCUGGGAUCUUUCCACUUCGGACCUGGCUCGAGAUCUAUGUCCACAAUUGGAAGGUAUUAUGCAGAAUCUGGAGCUCUCACCGGACAAUAAAUGGGCCGCUGCUUCAACGAAUAACUCUGUCUCCAUGUUGUUGAACAUGCUGACCAGUGAAUAUGUGACCAUUGAUAAUCCACUUGAUGAAGGGGAAACAGUCCGAGGAGUUUCCGUCCUCAAUCAUCACAUGAUAAUUUACGGUCCUCGCUCCUGGGUCCAGUACAGCAUGAGGGGUGAACACGAGAAUACAAUUCCUGCUCCCGAUACCGCCCCGUAUGACGACGUCGAAUGGGAGAUACUCUCAAUGGAGUUUCGUGAUUUGGAGAACUUCGUUCUUGUUAUGUGGAGCGGGGAUCUGGAUGAAGACAGGUUGCUGGUGUUGUUCUGUAAGGAGGGAGUUUGGAUGCGGCCUCUGAGAUGCAGAGGUGCCAUGGCUCUCAGCAAAAACUGGAACAAGAUCUACUCUAGUGACCCUGAUAGAGGAUACCAGAUAUCAAUUUACCAGCUCAAUGACGAAGAAGGCUGUUGGGACAAAAUCGAAGAGUUACAUCAUCGCGAGACGGACACCGCUGAAGCGAUGCUCCAAUUAAAACGCGGGAAAAAGGACAAAAUGUUGCUUGCCACAACAACUUACAGCUUCGUGGUGUGGGAUUUUGAUGGUGCGAUUCCUCGAGAUAAGCACGUGAUAGAAUACAAAAAAAAGAAGGGACAAGAAGACAAGAAGGACGUUGAGAAAGAAGACGAGAUAAUGAACGAGGAACCAACGAAAAACGUAUCCCUUCACGGUAUCGUGCUAAAGCUACCACAUACAAUCCGAAAUAUAUCCACGAAAAUGACUUUAUCGAACUCUUUUAUGAUUAGCAACAACAAUACUUACGCUGUCGCUGGAGUCAGGAAAAACCUUUACGUCUGGAGUCUUGAAACCACAACACUGAUAAAAGUACUGGACGCCCACUUUGGCAGAAUAGUCCAAUUAGAACCGUUGACGGUUGGAGCCUGGAACAAUGUGAUAACGUCGUCCAUAGACCGGACUGUCAAGAUUUGGAACAUUGAUAACAUAUUUGAGCAAGUGCACAAGAUUGAUCGACAAGAACUGCCCAUUGAUUCUAUAAGCCUAGCACGUGACAAGCAACUAGCGGUAACCGUCACUCGUAGCUGUUGGGGCCUUUGGGAUACGAGCACCGGUCGGUUGAUGGCGCAAUUAGCGGACGCUCCACUCGGCGCCAUCGUCACGCACGCGGUCAUCACGCCCACUGGAGAUCACGUAGUCACUGCGGAAUCGGGCUGCGUUAUUAUAUGGGAUACUCCUGAAAAACAGGGAAUCUUCAAGGAAGAACAAAAAGGUGUAAAACAAGUUCUGCUUCUAGAAGACGGGACGAAAUUCAUCACGAUAUCCAUGCAGGUGCCCUCUGAUAACACGGAUAACGUCGCUGUUGCUCAUAUCGUGGCAAGAACUAUACCUGACGGUGAAAGAAUUUACACAGCAGAAUACGACGUUCGGGGUACCGGCUACAGAGCCGCUGUGGUUUCUGCAGAGGAACAUCAUCUUGUUGCUCCCGGAGUGGACAAGUCCUCCAGGGACUGUCUACAUGUAUUCCAUGCUAGAACCGGAGCGAGGAUACAUAGGAUACCAAUUAAGAACAGCGGCAUCAAAGACAUGCAGUCUAUUGUGGCCUUGCCCCACAAGGCGCUCUGGGUGGCAGUCGUCGGUAACGACAAAGCCGGUAUAUUGGACAUCAAAAGCAAAAGACUCAUCAGAUUUGUUCCGCGUUGGAAUGGCGCAUGUACUCGCGAUGGUAAGUUGGGGCUAUGUGCGCCGUCCAGAGGGGGGCUCGACCUCAUAGAACUAAAGAGAGGAACAUCGGUGCACCCCCUUAUAUACAGGGCGGCUGAAGGCGUAUUUUCCAUCAUCACCAUGUUUAGCUCGACAGACCAUUAUGUAUUUUAUUAUCACAGCGGCAGGAAAACACUGAGGGUUUUCAGAACAAUAGACGGUCGUGCUAUAGCUGAGUACCGGGCGCCGGCCGAAGUCACAGGCGUGGCCAGCGCUCAUGGAGGCAAAGCUGUCGCUAUCGCCUCACAGGACGGUUGUCUCACAAUCCUUAACAUUGUUGACCCAUACGAAUGAAGUUGGGACGGCUAGUGAAACUUUUGUCUCUCACCUGCUUCAUUAAGUGUUUAUUAAAGAGAGAGAGAGAGAGAG